AUGUCACAGAAGGCUUCGCCUCCAAGCUCAGUCACCUCUCCGUCCAGAGUGAGCGAUGGCACCCUCUCGGACCAGAGCAACGCCAGGAGACAGAGGAUGGAGGAUAUGCUGUCUCAGCAUUACAUUGUGCUUAGAAGGUAUCUCCAAGGCCCUUCAAGAGAGGAAUCAAAUAUACGGUCAAACAGAGCUCGAGACAAGCUUCUACGGCUAUCACCUGUCUUGUUCCUGGAGCUGAGUACCGACGUCUACGAUGAACUGCUCAGACGGCAAGCUGUCGUUGCUGCUUCUCGCCCGGGGCCUCCACGGCCAGAGGUUCCUCCUCACCUACUUCCCCGGCAGGAAUAUCACAAGAAACGAAACCAGGCACGCCAAAAGUUGUCCUCCCUGCAGGACCAGCGGUUCAAAGACCUGGCAACAGACGUUUUCUGCGAGCUAGAGAGAAGGUUCCCACAUUUUGCUGGGCCAGAGAUGAACAGGAGGGCUAGUCCUGCACCUAGUAUGGGUGGGCGCUUUGGCGGCCCACGACCCGACUCCAAUGGGCAAGGAUACGGAUACCCGGGUACACCAAACGGCUCUCGCGGCCCUCCGCCGGGCCCGAGAGGCCCUGGAUACCAUUCUGGUCCCGGACCAGGUAACCGGUUUCCCCCUCGACAAGGCUCUCUCGGAGCUAUUUCUGCGACGGGACUGGGAAUAAAUAGCGAGGGCAUGCCAGACAACGCACCCUAUCAAAAGUCCUUUCAGAAUAACACGGUUGUGCCCAAUAAGAGUACAAUGGUGGAAGACGACGACGCGGACGAUGACGAUGAUCGACGAAGCGAUGCCUUUGCGCUGGAUAAAGUGCUUGACCACAGAAGGGACAUGAUGGCUGGCGCAGGAAGUGCAGAACGUGACAAGAAACUUGCUGACGCCGAGGCCCAAGUAUCGGAGCUGCAAAAGAAAGUAGAAGAGCUGGAAUUGAUGCAUAAAGAGAAGGAAGAAGAAGUCAACACUCUCAGAAAAUCCAAUGAUAGCUCAAGCAGCUGGAAGGCGGAAAAGGCAGAAUAUGAAGAAAUGAAGCGUGAACUCGAAGAGCAGCUGUCUAACACGCAUAACCUGAACAAUGCGGUCCUCUCUCAGCUCGAGGAGGCCCGGGAUCGGCAGAAGGACGCAGAGAUGGAACUAGAGAAGCUCCGCCAGGAGCAACAUUCUGUCGAUGGAACUGCUGGUGGUAACAGAUCCCAUGACGGUGAUGAUGACUGGAAAAGCCGGUUUGAAGAUCUCGACCGAGAGCACGAAUCCCUCAAAGCGAAGUUCAAGCAUCAACAGGAGGUCACUGAGCAAGUACGACAACAAGCAUCAGCCUUCUUACAGGAAAUGCGAGCGCUGUCUGACGGUCACAACUCGAACUGGGACCGCGAAGAGCGUCUUAUACGGGACGUACAUCGACUGGAAGCAGAGGUCAAGCACUGGAAGAACCGCUAUGCAAAAUCAAAAACGCAGUUGCGGCAUUUACGAUCCUCGUCUAUCGGGCUACCUGAUAACAUUCAAGACACGAACACCAUAGCUAAAGACAACGCGCUGACCCAGCCGGACGGACUGGUUAAAGACGUACAUAUCACUAAGUUCCAGAUGGCCAUCGAUGAGCUGUUGCGCAUUGCGCGUUCAGACGAGCCGUCCCUCGUGCUGGGCCAGAUGAAAGGGGUUGUACUUGCUGUUCGGUAUAUAACGCAAGAUAUCGACAGUGCCGUCAAUGUUAACACAGCUACCGAUGACGAGCUGACGAAAAUCCGUGCUCGAGCCAAAGCACAGGUGUCAGCCACAGCGAACAAUCUGAUCACGGCUUCGAAAAACUUUGGAAACUCCAAUGGCCUGUCUCCUGUCUCUCUACUAGAUGCAGCUGCAUCCCACCUGACUGCUGCUGUUGUCGAGCUCGUUCGCAAGGUGAAGAUCAGACCUACACCAGAGGACGAGCUUGCUGAUGAAGGAGAGGAAGACCAACUUCCUCCCAUGCAGUCGCCGGGAUAUUUCAGUGUAGCUCCCAGCCUGACGAGGUUCAGCGGCAAUGAAUCCAUCUACAGCGCCAUCAGCUCUCCGCCAUCUCUACGGUCAAGAACAAACUCCCAUUCAAUGUCACGAAAUAGACUUUCGGGCGCUAAGCAUGGCUAUCCGGGGCUAUCUCCUGAUAAAGACCUAGAAGAGCUUCGGCUCCACCUUGAAGAUCAGACCAGCUCUCUGGUUCACUCCAUACAAUCCCUCGUGGCUAGUAUCCGCGGGGAGGACUCCAUCUCCGCCAUCCAAUUGCACAUCAACACCAUUGCAGACGCAGUCGAGAAGGUCGUCACGUCUACAGAAACAGCCAUGGCUAAACCUGACGCCAACCCAGCGUUACGUGACAGAGCAGUCCCUGUCAUUGAGAUCCUGGCACGGCAUCGCGAUAAUUUGCUCGACAUCGGCGCUGAAGCUAGCAACCUCACUGACGGAACCGAGAUUCGUGAAUUGAACAGCAAACUCCCACCCAUCGCCUUCCAAAUUGCCCGGGAGACGAAGGAGCUAGUCCAGCGCAUCGAUCAGAUCGAAUAUGCUAGCCAGAACAACGAGGAAGAUGACUUCCGUUAA